AUGUCGAACAACGAAAGAACUUUACUGAAGUCGAUCUCACCAUCUAUCGAUUCAAAGGUUGAAAUUUAUUGUAAAUGCAUACAAUACUUGAACUUGAUGUACUUUCCAGGACCAGGUACAGGUGACCGUUACGUCCCAUUAUCAACCCUUUUGACACCUCUUUACAACCGAAAGCAACACACGGCCCGAUCGAUGGAUACUUUGCAAUUUAAUUCUAAUUUCCUCCAGCACAGGCAAGCGAACGGGAAUGAAAAUGGUGAUGCACUAAGUAGUCUGAGUAGUGAUCGGUUUGCCCUAGCUGUUGGACUUCUUUAUUUCUUCAGAACAUCCACCGACGAAUCUUCCAAGAGAAACAAGUACAACACCUCCUAAAGACUACGAUAAUUUGUUUCCAUGUCGUCCAGCAAAGUGACAUCACAACUCCAACUCGGUUUAAUUCGGACCAAAAGUAUGUCGGUGAUAUGAAGAAUCAAUUACCAUAUGUGUAUCCAAAAUGCCAAUGCGUCCUCGUGUGGUUGUGCUCGUGUAGUGUCGGUCAUUGGAGGAGAGGACUGCUCUACUCAUCGGUCUCGUUCUUGAUGUGGAACAAAUGGAAAGUUAUAACGGAUCGGUCUUGUCGCGGUAAAAUGAAUCACAUCGGUAGUUGUAUUCGUCGUACGUUUGUGAUGUGUGGAACUGGAAUCUCGGUGUGGUGCGCGGUUUAGUUUUUGCAUGCGAUGAACAGGAAAUGAAGUUCUUAAUCUUAUUUCUUUGACCCCCCGGUUGGGUACUUACAUCAUCAUGAUAUUGUUAUACAAGGAAAAGGAGGACGAGCAUGUUGAAAUACGUUGUAUCUCUUACCACGUCCCUUCUUUGCUUCAUCAUCAUCUCCCUUUUCCAAGCAGGUCCCUACAACUUCCUCAUUUGACAAAUCAGCACUCAAAACAUAUUCGAACAUUUAUUUUCUGAUCCUUUACGAUUUCAUUUUCAAUUUCUACGCCUUUGUUUUGCACCUUGCUAUUUCACCUGAACUUGUUGAAAUUUUCGCCGUCGCGUUUCAUCUCGAGGGUCAAAAUGAAGUUUCGCCGAACGAUGGGUAUUCUGGGUGGUGGCGCCGCCUUCAACGGAGCAGGGGGUCCCGAGGCGGUGGCGGGCGUGGACGUGGCGCAGCUGCUGAGUCGCAU